GAACAAGAAAGACGAAGAGAAAAUGACGGUUAUAACAGUUGGCUAAAAAACAAAAGGAGCACUUUACAUUUUAAAAGAGUUUCCCUCAAAAUUCUCAAAUUUUGUCAUCCCUUUUGGAUGAUUUUUAAUCUGGGUUUUUCAUACCCUAAAGUUUUUUUUUCUUUACCAUUCUUCUCUAUCGCUUUUAAAUUUAAAAAUUGAAAGUUUCGGUACAGUUCUAUGGAUCUGAGACGGUAACUUUGAAGCUUUAGUCGCAGAUCUUCAAGACAUUGAGGAAAAAUGCAGACAUCUUCAGGCAUGGAAACUCCUGCAAUUAACACUGAACAUAAACCCGAAAAGAUUGAAGAUGGAAAAGGAGUUACCUUAUUCCAUUGUGAUCUCUACGAUACAGAACUAAUCCACAAGAUAGCUCAAGCUUUCCUCCCUGGAAUAGCUACAGCCUGUGUUGACAACACAUCAGGAGAUAUCUUUCGGACCCCAGCCUCAGUAGCUGCUGAAUUCAGAAAGGAAAUGGUUGACUACAUUACUCAGAGAAGUGAAAAUUUUGUUGCAGAAACUUUUAUCUUAGAAGGUGGUCCAGGAGUAGAAGUUUCUGAUCACCCUUAUGACAUAAUUUCUGACUUUGUUGAUGACUUUUCUAGCCUGAAGAGAAACUUAUUCAGUCGAGUUUCUGGAUGGCUGCUAAGUGAAAAGAGAGAAGACAAGAUCGAUGAUUUUGUCCAAGAGAUGGAGAUUAAUGGAUUUUGGUUGACUGAUAAAAGGGAAGCCAUAGCUCAAGCUUUGCUUAAGAAUGUUGAUUUCAAGAAUAAGUAUCACUGCAACAUGAAAUUUGAUUCUGCAGAAGAGCUCGCUGAGCAUGUUGGGAGCUGCGGUUACCGAUCAAUGAAUUGCGAAAAUGAGGGAUGUAAUGCCAUGUUUUCUACAAGGCAUAGGGAGAAGCAUGAUUCUAGUUGCCCUUUUAAGAUAAUUUCGUGUGAACAAAAAUGCUCCGAGCAUAUCAUGAGACGCGAUAUGGACAGACAUUGUAUCACUGUCUGUCCUAUGAGGCUUGUGAGUUGCCCUUUCUAUUCAGUGGGUUGUCAAUCCCCUAUAACUCAUCGUAUGCUUGAACAACAUUGUUCAAACAAUCUCCAUUCUCACUUACUUUAUGUUCUUCGAAGUAUUCAUAAGGAAACUUCUGAAGAAGAUCUGGAACAACGAAUAAACGAAGUUGAGAAGGAAUUAUCAUCUGGUCAAUUGGCGAAAGCAAGAGAACUGAGAUCCUUAACCACUAUAGUUAAGAAUCUUGAAUCAAAGCUACGGCCAUUCAAACCGAACAAAGAAAACAAGGAUAAGGAAGAGACAGUAGAAACCCCAAAUUUGUUGGAUGAAUCAGAGAAAGUUGAAAGUUAAACUCAAGGCCGGCAACUCCCACCAGUAGCAGUUAAGCAUGAAAUUGAGUUCUUUUACCAAACCAAAAACUCGUGUCCAAUUUUCCUCUUGGAUGAUCUUCUCUCUGAUAUAUUCUGCAUCUUCUUUUUGUUGAUUUUUUUUAUCCGUAACCCAUUUUUAUUAUCUUAACAUGAUUAAUGGGAAUAUACAUUUUUUUUUAAUUCA